AUGCUCGCGGGUCCGGAUCUGGGAGCGAGGGCCCAGGUAUCCUCUGCUCUGGUCCCGGUGGGACUUGGCAACAUCCUGGAGGAUACUCAGCAGAAUCCCACACCCAAUUCGCUCAGUGCUUUCUUCGAAGACCUUCUCUCCCUUCACCGCCUGGUAGGCGUACAUUUCACUUCUCUCAUUCCCAACAUUCCCGAAUGGUCUUAUCCUGUUGUUGGAUUUGUCUAUUUGGAGUCUCCGGCUCAUCGAUAG